AUGGCGUCCAAGGACAAGUUGGUUUCGUACGAAGACUACCAGGGCUGUCUGACAGCGUACUUCGAAUGGGCUGAGAGCUAUGAUUCCAAGGACUGGGAACGUCUGCGCAAGAUCGUCGCCCCGACCGUCCGCAUCGACUACCGCUCCUUCCUGAACAAACUGUGGCCCGCCAUGCCCGCGGACGAAUACAUUGCUAUGGUGUCGGAUGCGAAAGUGCUAGGCGACCCGCGGCUGAUGACCCAGCACUUCUGCGGUGCGUCCAAGUGGGAGAAGGUCUCGGACGACGAGAUCAUCGGAUACCACCAACUGCGGGUGCCGCAUCAGAAAUACACGGACGAGACCCGCACCAAGGUCCUGGUCAAGGGCCACGCCCACUCUUCCAACACCCACUGGUACAAGAAGAUCGAUGGCGUCUGGAAAUUCGCCGGCUUGAACCCGGACAUUCGUUGGGGCGAGUACGAUUUCGACAAGGUCUUUGCCGAUGGCCGCGAGGAGCUGGGCGAUCAGGAGAAGGCCGAGGAGGCCGAGAAGGUCGCCAAAGAGGCCCAGGGCAUUCCGGCCGAAUAG